AUGACUCGCGCCGCGACGCCAGGGCUGCUGCUGCUCCUCCUCCUCCUCGCCCGGGUGCUGCUGCUGUGCCGCCCGCUGGCUGGGGACCCCGGGCAGGGAGAGGCCACUUGGUCUCGCUUCGCCCGUCUGCCCUUCGAGGAUGAGCUCUUCUUGGACGACACGUUCCCCGACGGCUUCCUGUGGGGGGCGGGCAGCGCGGCGUACCAGGUGGAAGGCGCCUGGAGCCAGGAUGGCAAGGGGCCCUCGGUGUGGGACGCCUUCGCGCAGCGCCUCCCCCGGGCCGCCGAGCCGAAGGCGCCGUCGGGGGACGUGGCCAGCGACAGCUACAACCGCGUCGAGCGCGACCUGGAAGCGCUGAGCCUACUGGGGGUGUCGCACUACCGCUUCUCGCUGCCCUGGGCGCGCCUGCUCCCCAACGGCACGGCGCCCGCUAGCCCCGCCGCCGUGAAGCAUUACGCGCGCUUUCUCGCCGGCCUGAGGCAGCGCGGCGUCGAGCCCGUGGUCACCCUCUACCACUGGGAUCUGCCCCAGCGCCUUCAGGAGCUCUAUGGCGGCUGGCAGAGCCCGGCUCUGGUCGGCUUGUUCCGGGACUACGCCGAGCUCUGCUUCAGGCACUUCGGCGAGCACGUGCGCUUCUGGCUCACCAUGGACAACCCUUACCUCGUGGCGUGGCAUGGCUACGCCACGGGCAAGCUGGCCCCCGGCGUGCGGGGAGGGCGGGAGGUGGGCUACCGGGUGGCUCACCACCUCCUCCAGGCUCAUGCCGCAGUGUGGCAUCUUUACAACGAUCAUUUUCGUCCUGCACAAAGAGGGAAAGUGUCAAUUGCCUUAGGUUCACACUGGAUAAGACCUCUACAUAUGACUGAAAACAGUAUUCACGAAUGCCAGAAAUCUCUUGACUUUGUGCUGGGCUGGUUUGCUAAACCUAUAUUUAUUGAUGGAGACUAUCCCCAGAGCAUGAAGAGUAACCUUUCCUCUGUGCUGCCUGAAUUCACCGAAGCAGAGAAGAAGUUUGUCAGAGGGACAGCCGAUUUCUUUGCUCUUUCGUUUGGGGCCACGUUGAGUUUCCAUCUCGUGGAUACUGUCAUGUUAUUCCGCCAGCUGGAAUCGCUAAGCCUAAGGCCUCUGCUUUACUGGAUAAGCCGUGAAUAUAACAAACCAGAGGUCUUCGUUGUGGAGAACAGCUGGUACGUUUCUGGUAACACUAAGACCGAUGACUCCAAGUACACGAAUUAUCUUAAAAAUUUCAUUAUGGACACUCUGAAAGCUGUCAGGUAUGAUGGAGUUACUGUCAUCGGGUACACGGCUUGGUCUCUCAUGGAUGGCUUUGAAUGGCUCAGGGGCUACAGCGUUCGAAGGGGUCUGUUUUACGUAGACUUUCAAAGUCAGGAUAAGAAACUGAUGAUAAAGUCUUCAGGAAUGUUUUACCAGAAGGUGAUCGAGAACAAUGGCUUCCUCCCAGUACCAGAAGACCAGCCCAUAGAAGGGACUUUCCCCUGUGGUUUUGCUUGGGGGGUUACCGAAAGCUUUCUUCAGGUAGAUACCACACGGUCCCAGUUUCUUGACCCUAAUGUUUAUGUUUGGGAUGUCCAUCAUACAAAGAAGCUGAUUAAAGUUGACGGAAGGGGUGCCCCAAAUCGCAAGCCUCACUGUGUCGAUCUUCCGGCCAUCAGGCUCCAGAUUUCUUUACUUCAGGAAAUGCAUGUCACACACUUCCAUUUUUCGCUGGUGUGGCCUUUGAUUCUCCCUCUAGGUAAUGAAUCUUAUGUUAACCACACUCUCCUGUUUUACUACCAGUGUUUUGUCAGUGAACUACUCAGAGUCAAUAUAACUCCUGUCGUUGCUUUGUGGCAACCCAUGGGUGAGAAUCAAGGGCUUCCUCUUCCUCUCGCUGAGCAUGGAGGAUGGGAGAACCGGCGGAUCGUGGACGCUUUUGUUGAGUAUGCUAGGUUCUGCUUUAAAAAACUUGGCCAGUAUGUCAAAUUUUGGAUCACAAUGAACGAGCCUAGCGAUGACAACUUGACAUACAAAGGAGCGCAUAACCUGCUGAAGGCCCAUGCCAAAGCAUGGCGCCUGUAUGAUAAAACAUUCAGGAAGACCCAGAAAGGUAAAAUCUCAAUCGCCUUCCAUGCCAUCUGGGUCGAGCCCUUUUCGAAAAACGAUUACAGUGCAGCCAGGCGAGUUUUGGAGUUUAAGAUUGGCUGGCUUGCUGAGCCUAUCUUUGGAAGCGGUGACUACCCAGACGUGAUGAGGCAGUGGCUUCACUGGAAAAACAGCCUAGGCUCCCAUUAUUUACACUUGCCUUAUUUCUCGGAGGCGGAAAGAAACCUAAUACGUGGGUCGUUUGACUUUUUCGCCUUGAGCCACUACACCACGUCUCUCGUAAGUGCCAUAAACGAAGACCCCACCAAUUACGACCACCUCCUUGAGGUCCAAAAGCAAAACGACAUCACUUGGGUGAAGUCACCUGCCAGAACUCCAGUGGUGCCCUGGGGGUUACGCAAGCUCCUCGCAUGGGUCAAGGAUAAAUAUGGUGACACCCCAAUCUACAUCCUAGCCAGUGGAAUUGAUGACGGGCAGAAACUGGAUCGAGACAAACUGAGAAUAUAUUACAUGGAGCGGUAUAUCAACGAAGCCUUGAAAGCCUACACCUUGGAUAAUGUUAACCUCCGUGGCUAUUUUGCCUAUUCUUUCAGCGAUAGGGGUGAUCCUAGAUCAUAUGGACUCUAUCGAUAUACAGUGAAUCAAUAUGAGCCAAAGUCUUCCAUGAUGCAUUAUAGACAGAUUAUUGACAAUUACACCUUUCCUGGCUCGGAAACCACUGGCUUGCUCUGCCUCAAAGAGCUUAUUCUGUGCCCAGAAUGUGACUCGUUGCAACCCAGAAGAUCUUUGCUUGCUUUCAUUUCUUUUACAUUGUUUUCUUUCAUUGUUACUGUAUUUCUGAUCACUUACUACUCCAAGAAGGUCAAUAGAAGGCAUGAAUACGGCUUUCCUGCAACUCAUUGUCCUUCAUAUGCAUUUCCUGGGGGAGCUCAGAAAUAAUUAUAAACCCGACUGUGAUUAUUGUUGCACCAUGAAAUAAUUC